ACUCCCUUAAAUAUGGAGUUGUAUCACGUAACCCUCAGAUUCGAACCGCCGUAAAAGUUUAAAGUUCGUCUCAUCCCAUCUCUCUUUUUUGUUGCAUGUCUUCAACGGAGAACGUACAUCACAGAAUGUGGCGUCUGCGCGUGGCGGUGGUGGGGGCGGGGGCGGCCGGCCUCUGUGCCGCCCGACACAUCCUGUCCAGACCGGACAUCUACGCCUCGCCCGUCGUCUACGAGCUCUCGAAGAACGUCGGGGGAACCUGGUUCUACGAGGAGCGUGUCGGUAGAUACGACAACGGGAUACCCAUACACAGCAGCAUGUACAGAAACCUCAGGACCAACCUUCCCAAAGAGGUGAUGAUGUUCCCCGACUUCCCCUUUGACCCCCAGCUCCCUUCCUUCCUGCCCCACAAGGAAGUUCAUCGGUACCUGCAGAGCUACUGUGAGACCCACAGCAUCACGCCCCACAUCAAGUUCACCACAGUGGUGGAAGACGUCAGCCCCGUCGCCACGGAGACAGAGGAGUCGUCGGCCGGUACGAGGUGGACGGUGACGUCGCGUGACGGGUCGGGAGAGGAGACGACGGAGGCCUUCGACUCCGUCUUCAUCUGUAACGGGCACUACUCUGACCCCCACUUCCCCUCCAUUCCAGGGAUGGAGCACUUUAAAGGCACAGUCAUGCACAGUCAUUCGUACCGUUACCCUGAGCCAUUCUCUGGGAAGUCAGUCGUGGUUCUCGGCGCUGGAAACUCUGGAGUAGACAUCUGUCAAGAGCUGGCAAGAUCCGACGCCAAGGUGAUUCUGAGCCACGGGAAGCCCACCCUGCCCACCCUCUCCUCCGUGGGGGUGGAGCAGGUGCCUCCUAUGGUACGGGUCCUGGAGGAUGGAUCCUUCCAGUUCCAGGACGGCUCCGUGACCAAGGCCCAGGCUCUGAUGCUCUGCACGGGCUACAACUUUACCUACCCCUUCCUCAACCCCACCAAGCUGGGCUUGAAGAUCCAGGAACAGCUGGUGACCCCUCUGUACAAGUUCAUGAUGCCCCCGGCCUUCCCCUCGCUCUUCAUCCUGGGCAUCUGCAAGAUCAUUUGCCCCUUCCCCCACUUCCACUGUCAGGUCCAGUAUGCCCUGGGGGUGCUGGAAGGCUCGGUGCCCCUGCCGUCCCGCGCCGACAUGGAGGCGGACGCCCAGAGAGAGAUUGACAGGAAGGCAGAGAUGGGGGUGCAGCUCAGACACAUGCUGAGGAUGGAGAAGGACCAGUGGGGCUACUACCAGUCUCUGGCCCACACAGGGAAGUUCUCCCCUCCUCCUCCGGUCACGCAGAGCCUCUUCAACGAGGUGGUGAAGCAGAGGCAGAUACACCCGCACAACUACAGGAGACUCAACUACCGGCUUGUCAGCGCCACCCAGUGGGAACAGAUGGAAACGCAGACUAGUUUGUGAGAAUGAGGUGGUGGAGGAGGAGGUGGUGGAGGAGGUGAUUUA